AGAUGGAUGCACAGCGCCCACCACUUCCUCUGGGGCCGGCCCGACCUGGCGCUGCGCUGCGAGCCGUACUUCGAGCGCGUGAGGGCGCAGGCGCGGCGGCACACGCGCGUCGCGCAGCGCUAUCGCGGCGUGCGGUGGCCAAAGAUGGCGGGGCCACCGCAGCUGAUGCCGGCGAUCGGCGACGCCGUCGAGCCGGCGGGCGCGCCGCUCUUCGACGGCCCGGGCGGUGCGGGGCCGCUCAUUGUGUGGGAGCAGGUGCACCCCAUCGUGUUCGCCGAGCUCGCCUACCGCUCCGCGCCGGACGCGGCCACGGCCACGGUCGAGCGGCACAACCGGACGGUGCACGACAGCGCCGAUUUCAUGGCCGAUUUUGUGUUGGCGCCCCUCCCUCCCUCCGAGCCGCACGCCUGCCUGCCGCUCGGUCCGCCGCUGUGGACAGCCGAGGUCGAGUCGAACGAAGGGCGGCCGGCGAGCGACGCAACCUCCCAGAACCCCACCUUUGAGCUCGUCUACUGGCGCUUUGGCCUCACGCUGGCGGCGCGGUGGCGGAGGCGGCUCGGACUGCCGCCCGUGCCUGCGUGGCAGGAGGUCCUUGCGCGGCUGUGCAAGCCGACGGCGCGGCCGCUGCGUGGCGUGCCAGGGGCGCCGCCAGGCUACCGCCCCUACGAGCGAUCGAGCGACGCCGCCCUGAUUUCGAACGGUGUCGCGCCGCAGCUCUUCGCCGCUGCCUUCGCACCAGGCGAGAGGCUCGGCGCCGACGCCGCCGCGCUCCGCAACACGCUCGGCGCCACCAUCGCGGCCUUGCUGCGCAACUUGCCUUGGGGCUCCGACGCCGCGAUGUACGCGAUGGCUGCGGCGCGGCUCGGCAACGCCUCGCUCGCCGCCUCGAUCCUCGCCGAUCCGGACGGCUUGUGGUCGCGCCGCUUUGCGCCGAGCGGGCACUACGCCAACGCCUUCUUGCCGGUCUACCUGCCGGCGAACGGCGCGCUCCUCGCCGCCGUCGCCUUCAUGGCGGGCGGGUGGGACGGCGACGGCGGCCGCCCCGCGCCCGGAUUUCCGCGUGACGGGUCGUGGACCGUGCGUGCGGAGGGGUUCUCCAAGUAUUUCUGACGGAUGAGGUCCUUUAGAGAGUCGAUGACG